UAAACAGCUGAUGCAAUAAUAAGCCAACCAAAACAAAAAUGCAAAAAUCUCAAAACAUUCCAAUACUCGAAUAGAAACACACACGUUUUGACAAGUUAUUAACGAAUAUAAGUUUCCGUAAAGAUAUAAAACCGGAUGUUCGACUUAAUACGUAGGUCUGGCAAUCGUCAAAUCGAAGACCAUGAGUUUUGAUGGCAUAGUGAUGACUUAGAGGGCAAAGUGCACUCUGAUCCGUAUCAUUCGCACCGACCUUCGCAGCGAAUCUCAGUCUGACUAAACCCAAAGAUAUUAAAAGCCGUAAUGGCGGAGGAGAACGAGUUCCUGAACGCCUACGCCGGCAUUAAAGCAGCGUACCAAGCAGCCAUGACUCAAGUGGAGCUGGCCAUUAACCACGAGGAGCAGGAAUCCAAAGGACAGGCGAUUGAGGCUUACGAACUCGCCCUGAAAAUGAUAGAUGACACCUUCGUAAUUCCAGUAGGUCUUCCCGAUGAGAUUGAUGCCGUGCAGACCGAGUGGAACGAUGCCUGUGUGCUGAUCCAAAAACUGAAGAGCGCCAAAACGGAAGUCAGCUACCGUCUAAAGGUUUUGCGGUCCCAGAACCAACCUGUGGACGAUACAGCUCUGGAGGCCAUUGAGGGAAGCCGAUCUGAGAUGGAUGGUAACAGGCCAUUGCUGGCAGAAAACCCCUCCACGCACUACGAUGUAUCCAAUGCUAGUGGAAGACCAAAAACUUACAGGGAACUAGCUGUCGGGUUGAGGGAGCUUUUGGCUGUUUCGGACUCGCAUGCCUUGCUGGAUGAGCUUUUCCGUGCCCAGGUGAAAAUGUACCGGAUUGAAGCCAAUGGAACAGUUAAUUCUAUUAAUGGAUCGUCCACUAUGUCGUUGGUCAUGUGCACCGUCGGUGGUGAAUGGAAGUUCCUCAGUGGUAUUUGCUUCAUUCAGUGCUCCAUGCCUAAUGAGGAGACUGGCAUGAUUUGGCUGUACCCCCUGGUUCCCUCGAUCACAAACUGCUAUCGCACAGAGUAUGGAGCCAUCAUCCUUCCUGAUAUGGAGUGCCAGCAGCCGGGAAAUGCGUUUGGCUUAAUCCUAACGAAGGAAGGCCAGCCUUCGUUGAGUUCGGAGGAAGAAUUGCAAGACCUGCAGCAGUUCUUCCUGGACUUGUUGGAGGCUGUACUCGCUGGUACGGUGGAGCAGUUGAAGUCGCCGACCUCCCAACGUGCUGGCUUAGCUUCAGAUACUGUUUCCGGGUCGGAGCAGGUCUCCAGACACAUUGUGAGUGCGGCCGAUUUCAUUGCUCGUAACAUGGUGAAGGGCGCCGAAAAGACAGGAGGUCUUAUGCUCAGAAGUACGCCGUAUCUUAUUUCCAAGAUGUCGCCCGCCUCGGCCGACGCUCCCACUCAGGUGCCCAGCUCUGUGCAGACUUCCGUGGAGGUGGCCCAAAAAGUGACCCAUGCUGCGGCCGGGAUGACAGGGUGGAUAGCUGGAAAGGUGGGCUCUGCGUCAAUGGCAGUGGGUCGCUACUUGGCUCCUCACAUCCAGGAGCAGGGGUCUAAGUUAUUGCAGAAGGGAUUCGGCUACGACAGCAACGAAGCGAAUAGCACCAUGGACGGAGCCUUGACUAUCGCAGCUGGAGCCGUUGAAGGUGUCAGCACCGUAUUCGAUGGCCUUGAGACGUCUGCCAAGAUCCUCGGGUGCAGUCUCAGCCAAAACUCGGUCAAGAUAAUUGAACACAAAUACGGUCAGCCGGCAGGAAAUCUAGCCAGUGGAACUUUUGACACGGUGGGCAAUGUUUUUGUGGUUAGCCAAAACGUGAACUACAUAACUCCAAAGGGCAUUGCCAAGAAAAUGGUCAAACGAACUGGAGAAGCCGUGGUGAGCGACUACAAAAGAGACUUACGCAAAUCGGAAUCUCAUUAUAUAAAUGCCGGUGCUCUCUAUCCGGAUCUUCGGGCUUUGAAGGAAUGA